UGGCGGUGUUUUAUGCUGGCGUUGGAGUCCUCCUUGGCUUGUUGUUGGUAUUAGUGUUGUACCUGCUCGUCAUUGGAAGACCCCCCAAAGACCCCCUGUUCUAUGCCUUUACUGUGUUCUCCUUUACAAGUGUCAUCGAUUUAAUUAUCUCCCUGGAACAGGAUGGCUACAUCAAAGGCUUCAUGGGAUUCUACUUGAAAGAAGGGGAGCCAUAUCUUCGCAGUGCCUAUGGAAUACUGAUCUGUUACUGGAAUGGGACAGUCCAUUACGCCCUCUACUUGAUGAUGAUAACAGCGAUCUCACUGGGCUGGACUUACCGCAGUGUUGGCCUCUACUGGGUGGGUUCCAUUCUCAUGAGUCUCGUGACCCUUCUAGUUGGAACUGUCAUAGGUAAAUAUGGAACUGAAAUCCGUCCUGCAAUCCUGCUGAAUAUUCCGUAUAUGUUGAUCCCAAUUUGGGCUGGGAAGAAAAUAUAUGGGAUUCCCAGAGCAUUACCAAAGGUGACAGCAGAUCAGGUUGCCGCAGAGCAGAGGAAAUGGCUGUAUCGGAGGCCCCUGGAUGUUUGCUUUGUGAUAUAUCUGCUGUUUGCAGCUGCUUACACACUCUUCCGGGGCUUUAUCGCCCUGGAGUGUCGCUUUGAUACCUGUGUAACGUAUGCAUAUGAUCAGGAGCCCUACCUGCUGGACCCAGUGAUGUAUCCCAAGAUCCAGAUGUUAGUCAACAUGUUCUACCUUCUGCCAUUCUUUGGCCUGGCGCUUUACGGCCUGUUUCAACCUGGCUGUGAAUGGAUGCCUGAUCUGACCAUGGUGUUUGCAGGAGCCAUUGCCCAAGCUCAGUUUUCUCACAUUGGCGCUUCAUUACAUCUGCGUACUUCCUUUACCUACCGUGUUCCCCAGAAUGUCGUUUCGUCCUUCCUGUACACCAACAUCCUCUUUGCUGUUGGUGCUGAGCUCUUGGCAUUUCGCUGUGUCACAUGCCCUAGCUUCUUCCUGAGGGGAGUGCCCAGAAAUAAGAACGAACUGGAGAAGAAAGUCAACUAAAGGAUACAGGCCAAGUGGAACUCAUGGAGAGGUGGUGAACUGUAAUUGUUGGUCCUUCUAAAGUGAUGUGAAAUGAGGUGUCAACUGUAGCCUGGUGAAUAGCAUUCACAGCUCUGAACCAGAAUGUUAUGGGCUAAAACUCCACCGCAGACAGACCCCACAUAAUGGAGGCAGAUCAUUCUGUGCUGUGCAGAGGGAGUGGGUGCACUGUUGGAGCUACCGUCUUUUGGAUGAACUGUUCAACCAAGGCCCUUUCUGCCCUCUCAAGUGGAAAGAAAAGAAAUUCAUAGAACAUAGAACAUAGAACAUUACAGCGCAGUACAGGCCCUUCGGCCCUCGAUGUUGCGCCGACCUGUGAAACCAAUCUGAAGCCCAUCUAACCUAAACUAUUCCAUUAUCAUCCAUGAUUACUGUUUUGACAAAGGGUGAGGAAGUUAUCCCUCAUGUCCUAACCAAUAUUUACCCCUCAAUUGACAUCACUAAAACAGGUUCUUUGGUUGUGAUCACACUGUUCUUUGUGGGGUUGUGCUGUGUAUAAAUUGGCUGUUGCAUUUCCCACAUUAUGACAAUGAUUAUGCAUCAAAAACGAAAUUCAUUGAUAACAUUCUGCUGUUAUGCAAGGUGCUACAUAAUUGCAAGUCCUUUCGUUUAUACACAAACAGGAAACAAGAAUAGGCCACUUGGCCCUUUGAGCCUGCUCUGUCAUUCAAUAAGACCAUGGUUGAUCAGAUUUCAACUUCAUCUCUACAUUUCCUGAUAAUCUUUCAUUUGAUUUCUUUAUGCACUGCAUCUAAUUGUCUAUUCUGUUUCAUAUGUGUGCGCAAUCAAUUUCCCCUUCUUCAAUUAGCCAUCGUACUCCAAAGUUCACACAAGUUCUUCUUUAUCUGAAAACCAACCCCAAACUCAACCCUUUUGUAAAACAUCUGUGACAUCUUGUUGGCUUGACCUCCUGGUAGAGUUGUACUUUAAUAAACUGCUGGAUAUUCUGACAGAUGGAACCCUGAAUCAAUUGGUAGGGCAGAACAAGAGGUCAGUGGAAGCAAACCUUGAAAUUAGAGUGAGGCCAUUCAGGGGCUGGGUUAGCAGCUCCAGCUGCAGACAUUCUUUGGAGGAAUCAUUACCAUUAAUUGCCUCCAUGCAGUCAGGCCAGAUUUGUUCCUCAUCUCCAACACCCUUAUAAUUCAUGAAUGAAUGUGUUCAAAGAAUAUUUUGAAAAAAGCACAAUGUUUUUAGUGCCACUAUGAUUUUUGUCCAGGUGUUGUUUGCUAUAGUUUUCUGGAGAACAAUCCUCAAAUCCUCAAGAUUUCUGAUCAAUCUUGGAAGGUAUAGUGUUCUAUGGUGUUGUCAGAAAGUGGUAAAUCACAUGAAAGGAAGUGGAAAUCUGAACGCUAAGCCCCAAAAAGCUGGAGGGAUGGGAGACUAUGUAAAAUGUCAAAACUGACUGAGUUUAAUAGGUUUUGGUUGGAUUGGUAUAUUAAGGAUUACAGAACCAAGAUGAAUAGAAGAUGUGAAGGUACAAAUGAAUUAAGAGCUAAUUGAAUGAUGGACCAUGCUGAAGGGAAUGAAUGGCCUCCUUCUGUUCCAAUGAAGGGAGUCUCUCUUUGUGCUUCUGUUGUGCUGUUUUGGUCAAUGAUUCUUUGGGUUAAGGCUGUAAUCGGAUAAAGAAUGGACAUAUUCCCAAAAUAUCCAGCUGUAUGGGUGAAAGUUGUGAAAGUUGUACUCCAGUGGGAUACAGUUACCAACUCUCCAGGAAUGCCCUGGGAUCUUCAGAUUUAAAAAGAAUCUACUUGACACUGCAAUGAGCAACAUCCAAGGAGUGGAAUCAUAGACAUAUUAAAUUUUAUGUUUUUCAUUCUCUUUAAGCAUUUGGCAAUGGGGCAGG